UGUAAUAAUACUAAUGCUGUUGGUGUUCUGAAGACUGAUGUAUCGGGUGGAGAUGUCCAUUGCAGAUGAAACUGCUGAAGGCCUUUUUGUUUGUUUUGAUUGGGUUAUGACAAAACUGCAUAAUAUGAGACCCUAUGAAGCUUGCCAUCUUUUGGCACCUCCAUUUGUUGCAGACAUGGAGGGUAAAACCUACAAGUUCCAGGUCAAGGUCAGUGCAUACAACUUCACUGAAAACCAUCAAAUUUUUACGAUCUCCUGCAUCCUUAGUGAAGGUGACCGUAUGCCGCUCCCUCAGUUUGUUGUCAAUGGAGGUGAUGAUGACAAUGGAGACGACAACAGUGGUGCCAUCUCGGUUGGUGUUAAGGUGGAGACUGGUGGUAGCAGUCAGGUGCAAGGAUCCUCGGGAAUUAAGAAGAAGGCACGUACGGCAUAGGUGGAGAGGAUUGGAUACUUGAAGUUGUGCAGUAUUUUCCGCUUUCAG